AGCCCAAGCUGAAGGCGCCUUCUCUGGGCUGAGGCCUUGGCACGAUGGUUGAGGCCUUGGGCCCGCGGAAGGGCAUCCUCAUCGGAGGGCAGAGGCGACAAAGGCGGCGUGCCGGCCUGGUUGUGGCCGCGUACAUUUGGACGCGCCCAUGGUCGCCGCUCUCGUUCACGCUGGCGGAAAGUCGAGCCAGUGUGCCCAGAAGGCAUCCAACUGUUGCCGCGGUACGAGGCAGACAUCCAAGCGACACUAUUUGUGGGCGGCCACCGGCGCAAGGAGGCUGGGCUGGAGCUGGCCUGGUGGCGCUGGGCGUCUUUGGCCUCUUCGAGGGCGACGGCCAUGACGACAAGCACAGGAGUCGGAAGCGGAAAGAGACCGAGGAGGACAAGCCUGACGAUUCAUUGAAAAGGAGUGUCUCGGAGUGGUGGGACGGCCUCUUCGGCCAAUCCAAGGAGUCGCGGAGGUCAAAGCAGAAGCCUGAGGAGGCUGACGGAGACUGCUCCUCAGGGGUUGUGAACGUUCUCGCGUCCGUGAAGACGUCCGUGACCGCGGCAGUUCUGGGCACCGGCGGCCAGGAGCCAGAGACCAAAGCCAGCGAGGCUGAGGAAGAGGACUGGUGGCAGAAUGCUCAAGCCGUUCUCGGCAUGGCUGAGAAGGAGCACGGGGACGAGGGUCCUGAGCUCCCGUCGGUGAGCCGCGAGGCGGAGGCGCCCAGGUCUGAAGAGAUGGAAGUGGAAGUGGCAGCUGAGCCAGCGGUGCCAGAGGAACAGGAAGAGGAAGCGGCCCAGGAGCCAAAGGAAGAAGUGCCUCCAGAAGUGCCCGGCAUGGAAGACGCGAACCUCAUUGUGAAGGUCGACAUCGAGCCGAAGAGACGGAAGGUGAAGCUGGGUGAGAAGGGGGUGAGAAACCUCAUGGCGAGGUCUGACCGAGAGGUGCUUGAGGCAAUGGCGCAGGAAGGGUGGGAGGUCGAAGUGGUGGAUGAGGCGGAGGGUCUCUACACACUGUCGCUGCCGCCAGUGCUGUACGAGGUGAUGGGCACCAGCAUCUCGAUACCAGCCCCAAAGUUUUUAACCCGGCUGCGAAGCUCCGACGGCCAGUCCCUCGCAUUUCAGGAGCGAAUGUGGGGGGACCUGAUCCUGCAGAAUGGCGAGAACAUCUUCACCCUUCAACUAGGCUUCCCUUUCAGGAGCAAGCUCUCCAUUUCAGCCGCCGGCUGGACCAGAGCGCGAGUCGGCUUUGACGGAGAUGAGAUCGUGAGUUCAAACUACGUGGAGGUUGGUAUUCAGUUGCCCAAGGUUCCUGGCCUCACCAACAUCAUGGAGUACUUUGUGAAGAGCUACGGCACUCAGUCCACGCAGGAGUGCACAGAUGCCUUGGCGCGAGCUGCAGAGACAAUGCCGGAGUCUCCUUUGCAAAGCAUCGAAGACACCGUGAAGGACUUGUUCAAGCCCCUUACGGAUCAAGGGCAGGACAUGCUCGCUAUGGGAAGCGGGCCCGGGAGGCCGAAACCGGAGUCAGAGUAAAGCCUCCAAGAUGUUUCACGGUUUUCAGGAUGUUUGCCGCCCCUGGAUUGAGGCACUCCUUUUGCA